AUGGCAAGUGCACCUUCACUCUAUAAAAACUUUCAACUCGUGGAUUGUUUCGAUUAUUUAAAUUAUGGUACCAUUUACAAGUAUAGAUCCAUCAAGACGGGCAUGUUGAUUACAUUGGCCAAAAUUCAAUCACCAAUUAUGAAGGCCUAUUUAACAGUGAGAACAAGACCUGCCGAUCAUGAUGGUAUUCCUCAUGUUUUGGAACAUUUAAUUUUCAUGGGAAGUGAAGAAUAUCCAUACAAGGGUAUCUUGGAUAAGGUUGCAAAUAGAUGCUUUGCUCAAGGUACAAAUGCAUAUACUCAAAAUACUAAUACAACCUAUGAAUUGACAACAGCAGGAAAGGAAGGAUUUUACAGAUUAUUACCAGUUUAUUUGGAUCAUAUUUUAUAUCCUACAUUGAGUGAUAAUGCUUUCAUCACUGAAAUUCAUCACAUUGAUGGAUCUGGUCAGAAUAGUGGUGUGCUUGCUGAAAAGUUGAAGGAUCACAUUUCACCACUUCCAUUCUUCCUUCAAAUUACUUCUAUUGCAUCGAGAUUUGUGGAAAUGUUCUGUUUAAUGGACUCGAGCAAUGUUCCACUCGAUCUUAAAAUGUACAUUCCUUUGUUUUUGGCUCUCAACUUUUCAUGUGAUAUGAAACUUGGUGAGGAUCCAAGUCAAUAUAUCAAGAAGGAAAAUGUCAUUAUGAGUCUCAUGAGAGAAUCUGUUUCUAACUCUUACACUUGUGGAGGUGAUAAUGAUAGUGGUGAUGGAGGUAAGAAUUUACAAGCUGGACUCUUUGCAGAACUUGUUCAAUUCCAAUUAACCUUUGAACUCGAUAAGUAUGAAAAGAUGAUUGCAUGGGCAAGAAAUUUCCUCUACAAUACCGUCUAUACUCCAGAAGUGAUUGAAACCAAGAUUCAAGUUUUGCUCAGUGAAGUUCAACUUCACAAGAUUACACCAGAGAGUGUUCUUGCACAAGCAUCUAAGCAUAUGGUAAUCAGACCUGAAUCUAAUCAUUCAGUGACAAGCUUUUUACUGCAAGAACAAUUCCUUGUUCAAACAUUAGGAAAACUGAAACAAGAUCCAAAUGCAGUCAUUGCUGAUUUGUAUCGUCUUCGUGAUACUCUCAACAAGCCAGAGAAUAUUCGUAUUCAUGUUACUAUGAAUGUAGACCACUUUGGACCAAGCAAUUAUGAAAAGAUUACUGCUCCUUGGGCAACUCUCUGCGAUUCUACUGCACGAGUCCAACCAAUGAAUGGAUUAUGUAGAUCAACUACUGAAUAUGUCGAACAUGUUAAUAGAGGUAUUUUAUUAGGUAUGGGAUCAACUGAUUCUGCAUUCCUUUUGAAAGUUCAUAAGGGUAUUACUGAUUAUUUGAAUUAUCAUGACAGACAUUCUCUAAGUGUUGCCAUUAACUUUUUGACUGGCGAAGAAGGACCAUUCUGGGUCAAACUCAGAGGUAAAGGAUUGUGUUAUGGUUACUCCAUCAUUAGUAAUGUAGAUAAGGGAUCAGUAGGCCUGUAUUUGUCUCGUGUUGGAAAUGUUUCCAAGGCCUACGCUGAAUCAAAGGCAAUUAUUGAAGCUGUUUGCUCUGAUGAAGAACCAAGUGAAAAUGUCUUGAAGCUUAAUGAAUCUGCACUCGAACCUGCCAAGGCAACCACAGUUGUUGAAAAAUUGAAUAAUGCCGAGACUAUUAUUUCAGCUGCCUACUCUCGAUUCUUAACCAAUACCUUGUUCAAUGGACCAAGAAACUUUUACGAAAAUCUCCAAGAUAUCGGAAAGGUAACAGUGAGCGAUGUGAAGAGAGUUAUCAAGCAAUACUUGUUGCCACUCUUCCUUGAAAAUGAAGGUGCCUUGUUCAUUU